AUGUCACACAGAACACCAAUAUAUGAGACCCGGCAGGGUCUACCCAAAACAACAGAUGCUACGGUAUCACGAGGUUCUCGCUUGCCAACAAUAGGUCAGUAUGGACGUCAACCAAGCGCUAGCCGAUCAGAUGCGGCCACAGGCUCUCCCUCUCAGUCCGACCCCGUCCGCCCAGAACUGGCAAAGCCCCUGGGAUUAAAGCCUCGCUCGAAGCCCACGUCAAUCCCUCGAUCUGUGACUAGAUCUCCAUCUCUGAGACCUACUGCGCCAGCCAAAAAUAUGUCUUCUCCUUCUCUCACGACCAAAUCAGCUUGGGGAAUAACGCCAUCUUCACAAGAACCCCCCCUUAAGAUGGAAUCUUACCAGAACCAAUCUCGCAGCCACUAUGAACGCCCUGCAGCAUGGACUCCAAGAUUAGCCGAGACUGCUCACAAUACCGCUUUAUCCUCGUUAGACACUCAGAAAGAUGCAAUCUUCGGAAUUGUGAUGCCCAGGACUGCCACCACGAAAAGGCCAACGAACCUGCCACCUCGCUUAAUACCCGAAUUGCAAGCGCUUGCUGCCUCGCCGACGAAAUAUCAGGAGUCGUUGAACAACUCUGCGAUCUCAGUAAAUAGUCCGUCAACCUGGGCUUCAAGCACAAGAAGUCCCUGGAGUGAAUCCACGACGACGACAACCCCUAUAUCGUGGUCCUCGACCUCUCCAAGUGUCGCGCCACAGGUACCUGGAAGGUCACCUUCGAAACGCACACAGGUUAUUCCACUUCGACAAGCGAAACGGGGAAACAUCCCACGGGUACCAGCCCUUCCAGAAGCAUUUUCCGGGGCAGACAGCAGUCUACAGCUCGGUUCAAGUGAAGGAAAAGACGCGUCCCUCAGGAGGACACCUCUCAGUACACCUGCACCCACUCCUCCACCUAGAACCUCCUCUGCCAAGCAGUCCUUAAGCAGGAGUAGUAGCCGAAGUCGGAAGCACAGAGAGCCCACUCCGCUGUCACAGGGCCCCAGAUCCAGGGAUAGUGACAAUAUUAUCGAUGCUAUCCAACAAAAGACUAUUGAAAAAGCGCAUAGUGACCUUCAGCAAUCUCUGGAGGUGCAAUGGGAUGGGUUCGCUCAUUCGAGUACGACGUCUAUUGCGACAGGUUAUCAAUCCAUACGCGGAUCAAGCAGGGGCCAGGAAGGAUUACCCCUUCAGACUACCGUUACCUCCUCAUCCUCGAAAGAUGUCACAGCAGGCUCAUAUGAACACCGGCCCAUUACGCCAAGUACGGCCGCCACGGCCGUCCAUGAGUCUCCCGGUCGGCUUGGAAAAUUCUCUCGUAUAGGUUUAUUCGGCCGACGGGGAAAAUCAGCAGGCACAGAAGUCGAGCACCCAUCACGAAAUCCGCGAAAGCUGCAACGGAAAGGACCUACUGCAGGUACAGGGCAUGAAGGAUACGGGAGGAAUGGAAGACGUGGUCGAAAGGUGUCUCAGGACGGUACCUCAACCGCUAACAGCGAGAGUGAAAGGUCCGUUAGCAGUACGCACCGAGUGCCUCUAAGCACAUCCAAAGCCAGUGCCAGCCCGAGCAGCAGUCGUAAUCACCGAAAUAGUCAGUCUGACUUGGACGACUUUGCUGCAACGAGGAUGAAUCCCGUCCCCAUCAGAGGAGGAUCUGGCAACAGCCUGCGGAGUGGCUCUGGCAGCAGGAUUGACGUAUUUAAUCCAAUGACAGAGUAUGCAGUACCAGAGUUUGAGCAAUCAAAUCUGCCACGACAAGCAUCCGCUGAGGGCACUUUCCUUGUCGAUACUUCUGGUGAUGCGCCACGCCCGACACUUGCCGUGCGGCGAUCACAACGAUUCCGAACGGAUUCGGAACCUUUCAACAUACCAGGACCAAUAAGAACGGAUCAGCCUGCAGUUCCCUCGUAUGUCGCGAGACAAGAUGAAGGUCGGGGAUCUGCGCUUGCAAUGUCCACCUCGACUCCGAGUUCGACAGCCGAAUUCAGUCGUGGCGAUCCCACGUCUUCUAAGACUAAGGAUAGAAAGCCACGCAAGUUGAGAUGGAACAUUUUUCGAAAGAAAGAUGCGGGUGACGAUAUGCACAAGAUACACAUGCCACCUUCUACAUUCCCCGAAGAGAUGUCCGUCGCUAUCUCAACAAUACCAAUUUCCCGACCUAUGCCAUAUUAUGCUAUGAUGGAUUCAGAAAGCGAGAUGAACACCAGUGAGCACACCGGGGAUUUGCUGGGGCAGGUAGUCGACUCUCCGUCUGCGAGCUCUCCGAUGUAUUCGUAUGAGGCGGAGUCCGUCCACGACCAAGAUAUACACACCCAGUAUAUCGGAGAUACUUAUCUGCCACCAGCACCAGUCUCGCCGUCUCAUCUUUUGACAUCUCAGCUUCCUGUGGCACCUCUAAAGGAGCCCAACGAAAUACAGCCUGAGCAGCCCCAGCGGCGUCCACCUAGAUUGCCUCGUGUAGGAAGAAUUCCUCAAGUCGUGCAUACAGACGAACGAGAGCACAAACCAAGCAGAUCAUCAUUUUCUCAGCCCUUUGCAAAAUCAUCUGUCUCUGAUAUCGUCAGCGGACAAGGACCAGUUACUGAGCAGACUCAGGGAUCGUCUUCUCAAUCGGGAAUGGACGUGCUUCCUAGAACUACAUUCAACCCCACUGAGAGCUCAAGAUAUAUGGCACAUACCCCCUCAGAGACAGAAUUCCUUCGAUUUCCUUCCCGCCAGCUGUCCGACGCUUCCGCUUCAAGCAGUUCUGAGGGAGCUCUAAGCAUACUAGGGCCGUCGUUGAUUCCGGGCUUGCCCGACAGUGGCUUCACUCCUCCACAUACUCAGAUUGUAUCUCAAAGCCCAACAAUUGACGAAGUCUGGAACGAAUAUGACGAUUUUAUCGACCAAGUUAUGUCACCAUCCGGCAAAAGAGGGAGCGUGAAGCGCAUCGCUCAUGAAAAAAUCACGAAGUCGGAGAACGUUGCAAAUCCACCCGCAAAAGCUUCUGGGACGCGAUCCAUACGCCAAGGGCCCAAGAAAUCUGGCAGAAAUAUUUCAGAGCAUGGCGAUCUACUUGUAGAGAGGCCACAAAUGAGGAGAAUUCCUGUGGCUGGUUCAUUACCUCUAAAAUUGAAGGCCUUCCCCUCGUCGUCACCGCCGGCUGGGGAAGAAGAUGUGAGACUGCGCAGGUCGAGAAUUGUGUCGGCACUGGAUCCAACCUCACCAUUGUCUAUCCGCGAAUUCCUCAGGGAAUAUGAAAACACUCAGAGAAAUAGUCUUAGGCUGUCUGAUGAGACUGUCCGCCCAGCAACAAGCCAGCCAUUGGAGUUAUUGCUUGCCACCAAGACAGCUGCAGCAGAAGAGACAGGUCCAAGUCACCAGGAAAAUGCGGCGUUGCUGGACGUGGUCGCACGGAAUAAAGACCCAGUUGGACAGUCAGAACUACACUAUGCCUCACUGAUGGUUGCUAAGUGGCUAUCAUUUGGCCGAGUACUAUUCUCUCCUGCACAUGAUGAGGUUCAUACUAUCCCGGAACGACAUAUACUUGUCAUUGACGGCCUAGGCAACGAGGAUUGGUCAUUGUAUUGUGCGGUGACUUACGAAGCGCAACGGGCUUUUGUACACAACCUAAAGGAGAAAUCCAGCAGGAGAGCCUCGAAGGAUCCAAAAAUAUCACACAAUGCCCCUGAAACCCACCAACGAGCAGAGAUUCCCAGCUUCCACGACCGGUUUCCCUUCCCUUCAGCUUAUUUCUGUGCAGUGGUUCUGCGAUUUCCGCCAGCAAUGGCAGAGGCCAAAAUGAAGAACAUCAUCUCGGAAUGUAGGCGGGUGUUACUUCCGGGUGGUUACAUGGAGCUCAUGCUCCUCGAUCUCGAUAUUGUCAACAUGGGCGUCCAAACUCGACGCGCCGUUCGCGAACUCAAAUUCAAGAUGACGACAGCGGAUCAACAGAUCAGCCUGAAACCAAUCAUUGACAACGUUCAGAGCCUGCUUGGAGCUCGUGGAUUCUCGAACAUCAGUCGUUGUGUCGUUGGAGUUCCUGUGGCUGGUCAUCCUUCCAGACCAACCGAUUCGCCAUCCUCAUCACGCUCCAGUGGUGGGUCAGAAGGAUCCAGUGGCCCUGGAUUCGGCGACAUGCGACAAGCAACGGCCUCCCCUCGAAUGGCAUUUGGCAAGGGGAGGAAGGGUACCAAUUUGUCGUUGAACGAUCUCAUUGCCGACCACUCAGACAAUGCAGAUGCUAAGAUUGGCAAAAUCGUUUCCAGAACUGCGAGAACGUGGUGGCAACACUGUUUUGAAGCGAGGGUGAUCUCUGACGGCAACCUUUCGAAGAGCAUCUUCGCAGAUAGAACCGUGCUCGGCGAAUGCAGAAGCAGAGGAUCGAGUUUCAAAAUGUUGAUCGCAUAUGCACAGCGGCCCGUCUUCGAGGGCAAACGGCGAACUAUGAGCGAAUCUGCGCUCUCGACCAUGGCUACGGCUGGAGCUCGUCGGCCGGGCUUCGCAGGAUCCAGCGGAUCGCGCACAGCGUGA